GUCUCGCCAUUCUCAAGGCGUUUCUCUCCCAUCCGCAUUGCAAGACCAUGGGCUCAAGCCUCUCAACACCGAAAAACGACCCGCAGGUCGAGGCGCAUAUACAGCGGCUCGUCGCCGAGAACCCAGUCAUAGCCUUCACCAAGGUCACCUGUCCGUACUGCGCAUCCACAAAGCUGAUCCUCAAGCAAAAGCGCGUCCAACACGUGUGCAUUGAUGUCGACAUUACCUCUGGCGGAUCAGCUCUCCACCACACGUUGAAGCAAAUGACAGGCCAACGAACGGUCCCGUGCAUCUUCAUCAAUGGACAGCGGAUUGGAGGCAACAGUGAGCUGCGGGCCCUAAAGAAAAGCGGCGAGCUCGACAAGAUGCUCGAGUCGGUGCCGAGAACCGCCGACCAUGUCGGAUAGCUGGCCGGUCUGCCUCGGGAGGUGAUUGUGAGCGAUACCAAUACGUACCUUUGCUUGUUAGAGUCUCUCCUUGUAUUGGAGAAGUGC